GCACAAUCUCAUUAAUAUUCAUACAUUAAAUUAAAAUUUCUCAACCUGUAUUUGAUUUACACUAUAAUUCUAAAGGUUUAUUAUAAUUAGAAUGCGAGCUUGGAUUACUAUAUGGUGUGUGCUUUAUUCAGUAAAGUCGCACGUUACAGUGACAAAACCUGGGGUCUGUCAUGCUCGGAAAAGUUGUGAUGAUAUAGAAGCAUUGCCAUCAACUUCAUUUUGCUCAGGACAUGGGAACGACAAAGAAUGUUUAGGAACUGAGAAAUGUUGUCCUUCCGACUGUGGGAUAUGGAUUUGCAGAGAACCGAUCCCGGAACCAAGAUCAGCUUGCCGUGAGCCACCCACCUCAAACUGUUAUCAACACACCUCGUAUUGUAAUUCUGAUCUUCAUUGUGCUUAUGGUUUAAUAUGUUGUGAUAUUGCUUGCAAAGCAGACUGUAGUCUUCCAACGUACCUAGACAAAAUAGCGUCCAGAUGGACUGGGAAAGGGUAGUUUUUGUCUGAUUCUAUUGUAAAUUAUAACUUGAAACAAACGAACAAGCUGUUUGUUUUCAAUGACAUGUUUGUCAAAAAUUUGUAAAUCGACACAAAAACUCAUACAAAACAUACGAGUAAAAAGAAUGAAUAAAAAAUACUGAACUCAAACGAAAAUUCAAUUCGGACAUUUGCCAAUUAAAAUAACAAAAUUAAAAGCGCAAACUCACAAAACGAAUUUACUAUGUGAAUUUUUUAUUUGUUUUAUGCUUUAUAUUAGUUUUUAUGUUGUUCCUAAAAACUAAAUGUCUGACUCCGACUACAUAUUUUGCUUUAACACCAAAAAUAAUAAAAACAGAAUAUGUGUUUCCAAAUUGAGAAAGGGUCUGGAAAAUGUUCAUGUUGCCCUCCCCCACACCACCACCAAUCCCCCACCCAGAAUAUCAAAUGGUCGUCCCCUAAGGUAAGUUUGCAAUAUGUCAUUAUCAUUUAUACAACUAUUGGUAUACUGUUCGGGACAACCCCCUGUCUACGAUAUUAAGAAUAUAAAAUGCAUAGUCAAGGCGAUUCAUUCAAGUGAACCAUAUAUAAAAAAGAAGAUAUGGUAUGAUUGCCAAUGAGACAACUAUCCACAAAAGACCAAAAUGACAUAGACAUUAACAAUUAUAGAUAACCGUACGGCCUUCAACAAUGAGUAAAGCCCAUACCUCAUAGUCAGCUAUAAAAGGCCCCGAUAAAACAAUGUAAAACAAUUCAAACGAGAAAACUAACGGCCUUAUUUAUGUUAAAAAAAAUGUGUCAUGUUUUAUGCUAGAACAUUGCUUGUAGCCGGAUUCUAAAAUGCCAUUUUACAAAAAGAUAUCCAACACACCUUUGUUCCUGCUGUUACACUGUUCUUCAUUUGUCUGUUAUCUAUACACUGAGUGCUUAUUGGACAAUCAGCAAAAAAGAAAAUUCCAAGUUCUUGAACAUGUAUAAAUGAGAUCAGGACUCAAAGGUUUUGAUCUUCCAAUCUCGAGUUGAUCAUGAUACCAUCAGAUUUCCGAUUUGAAUCAGUGUUUAAGCCAGAAUACAUUAUAUCAUUUAAUGGACGACUAUGACUAGAAAGUGACUGUAUGGAACUAUGAGACAUUAACCUAUGUGAUGUUCUGAAUCAUUGUUAGUAUAACCUGUUGUAUUCGAUUUAGAAAGUUGCAUGCUAAAUAACCUGUCGCACUCGAAUAGUUCUUUCAUAGUUUGAUAAUAUAUAUCUUUUGUCAUUUUGUUGGUUCCUUUUGAAAUUCAAUUUCAUUGCGCCUUUCAUUGCUGACUUCACAACGUGUUUGUUAUUUCUUCAUUCAAAUCGUCGUGGUUUCCUAUGUGUAUCCACCUGUAUACAACUUUUCGCCGCCGGUGUCAACAAUUCUCUGCCAGUUUCGACUUUCCUCGGCCAGUGUCAGCUUUCCUUUUAUUACCAAACAUUAAACAUGGUAGACUCACUUCUUAUGCUGCUUCAAAUGUCCAACUCAUUCCCGUUUGUCGGGUUACGUGAAAAGAUAUUCUUGUAUGUUUAUCGUUAUUGCAAAUUCAGUGAAA